AUGUUUUGGUAUGCCAGGCAGCAAGGUGUGUUACGCGAAGAACCCGUUGGUAUCCUUUCGCCCGCUGGUAUGGUAAUUGGCAGUGAUCUUCUGGAAAAGAUGAAAAGCUUGAAGGAAAAGACGAAUUACGAUGGAAAGAUGAUGAGUGCGACGAAGACUUCUUUCCCAGAUCUAGAAACUCGGACCUGUAAGAUGGAGAAUUCUGCAAACCCCCGCACGGCAAGAAUCGUCAUGAUGCCCAACACUCAACAUUCCAGCGAUACCGCACGGUGA